AUGCUCAUUUCCUAUUGCAGAGAGAUCAAUGAUAAAUUUAAUAUUUCAAAUGAAAUGAAAAACGGUAGUGCUGGUGGUAAUGGUAAUGGUAAUGGUAAUGGUAAUGGUAAUGGUAAUGGUAAUGGUAAUGGUAAUGGUAAUGGUAAUGGUAAUGGUAAUGGUAAUGGUANNNNUAAUGGUAAUGGUAAUGGUAAUGGUAAUGGUAAUGGUAGUGGUAGUGGUAGUGGUAGUGGUAGUGGUAGUGGUAGCAGUAGCAGUAGCAGUAGCAGUAGCAGUAGCAGUAGCAGUAGCAGUAGCAGUAGCAGUAGCAGUAGCAGUAGCAGUAGCAGUAGUAUUAGCAGUAGUAGUCGUAUUAGUAUCAGCAGUAGCACUAUUAGCAGUAAUGGUAGCGGUAGUGGUAGUGGUAGUGGCAGCAGCAGUAGUAGUAGUAGUAGUAGUAAAUAG